AUGUCGAUUGGUGCAAUAUAUUAUUUCACGGGCAACAUCACUGAUGCUGUAAAGCAUUUAGAGCAGUUUAUAGAAAUUAGAGAACAGAUGCAGUUACCACUUUGUCGUGACGCUGGUCUAUGUUAUAGAUAUCUUGGAAUUUGUCAUGUACGGACAGUAGAAAGACAGACAACAUUUGAACAAAAACUACAAGUACUUCAUCAAGCACGAGAAGCAUUUACUAAAUCUCUCAACAUACUGUUAUUUCAUUCAAAUUUUGAUCAAGAAAUACUGGAUGUGUUGAGGCACCUUGCUACUUCCUAUGAUAUGAAAAUUGAUGAGGAGACUAUAGAUGAGAAGGCCACUAUGCUAAAACUAAUAGCAAGGAAAGCAUAUACUUGGAGAGAUUAUGCCAGAGCUAAAGAUUUGUUCUACAUGCAAAUGAAAGUUGAAGCUGCUACAAUGGUUUUACAGCCAGUACAAAAAGCUAUUGCGCUGCAUGACAUCGGUUUGUGUCAGAUACGUCUCUCACAGUUGGACGUAGCUGAGGAAACAUUUACUGAAUCACUGAGAAUUGCUCAAUCUCUGAGACCAGAAGAGCAUCAAGGUUUACAGAUUUCAUCCAUCAAGAAUCUGCUUGGACUAGUUCGGAUGCUGAAGUACUUUAGAACGUUAGAUUAAGGUACAGACUUAUUAGUAACACAAUACAGUCACAAGAUUGAUGAAGUGUAUUUUACAGUUAGUGCUGAUUGUCAUAUGUCUAAAUGUUUGUUUGC